AUGGAUAUUUAUAGUAUCUACAACAUCUCCAAUAAUAUUGCUGGUUUCAUCCUCCUUGGAUUCCCUUGUCGUAGAGAGAACCAGCACCUCUUCUUUUCACUAUUAUUCAUCAUUUACAUUCUAACUCUUUUGGGAAAUGGAGCCAUCAUCUGUGCAGUAGUCCAGGAUCAGAAACUCCAAACACCAAUGUAUAUAUUCCUGGCCAACUUCUCCUUUGUAGAGAUUUGGUAUGUUACUACUGUCAUCCCUAAUAUGUUGGUCAACUUCCUGUCUGAGACCAAGGUCAUAUCCUUCUCUGGCUGCAUUCUUCAGUUCUACUUCUUUUUCUCUUUGGGUAUCACAGAAUGUUGUUUUCUAGCAGUUAUGGCAUUUGACAGAUACUUAGCAAUAUGCAGGCCUCUGCAUUAUCCAACCAUCAUGACAGGACAUCUCUGCACAAACCUGAUGAUCAGUUGCUGGACACUUGGCUUCCUCUGGUACCUGGUCCCCAUCAUUAUCAUUUCUCAGAUGUCCUUUUGUGAUCCUAAGAUUAUUGACCACUUUCUGUGUGACCCUGGACCACUGCUAGCUCUCACAUGCACCCGAGUCCCUAUAAUGGAACUCACUUGUUCCACCUUGUGUUCUUUGAACCUCUUUGUUCCUUUUGGAUUCAUCAUGGGAAGUUAUGCCCUUGUUCUGAGAGCUGUGCUGAGAGUCCCUUCCACAGCAGGUCGGCGAAAAGCCUUCUCCACUUGUGGCUCCCACUUAGCUGUUGUGUCCCUGUUCUAUGGAUCUGUGAUGGUGAUGUACGUGAAGCCAGCUUCAGGGCAUGAUUCUGGGACCCAGAAGAUUGUGACUCUCUUUUAUUCCGUUGUCACCCCAUUCUUAAACCCUAUGAUCUACAGCCUUAGGAAUAGGGAAAUGAAGGAAGCCCUGAGGAAAAUGCUAGGGAAAAGAGAGUUAGAAUCUUAA